CUGCUGCUGGCGCUCCUCCACGAGCUGCAGGCCCCGGCCUCACCCUGGAGCCCCUACUUUGCGCUCUGGCCCGAGCUGGGCCGCUUGGAGCACCCGAUGUUCUGGCCGGAGGGGGAGCGCCGGCGGCUGCUGCAGGGGACAGGGGUCCCCGAGGCCGUGGAGAAGGAUUUGGCCAACAUCCGCAGCGAGUACCAUUCCGUCGUGCUGCCCUUCAUGGAAGCCCACCCCGACCUUUUCAGCCCCAGGGUUCGCUCCCUGGAGCUCUACCAGCAGCUCGUGGCUCUUGUGAUGGCCUAUAGCUUUCAGGAACCCCUGGAGGAAGAGGAUGAUGAAAAGGAACCAAACCCCCCCUUGAUGGUGCCUGCCGCAGACAUACUAAACCACGUAGCCAAGCACAAUGCCAAUCUAGAGUACUCUCCAAACUGUCUUCAGAUGGUGGCUACUCAGCCUAUUCCCAAAGGCCGUGAGAUUUUCAACACUUAUGGGCAAAUGGCCAAUUGGCAGCUGAUUCACAUGUAUGGCUUUGCUGAGCCAUACCCUGACAACACGGAUGACACAGCUGACAUUCAGAUGGUGACAGUGCGAAAGGCAGCAUUACAGGGAACAAAAGAUGAAGCUGAAAGGCUCCAGCUGUGCGAACGCUGGGAUUACUUAUGCGAACUAGAGAUGGUAGGGGAGGAGGGAGCCUUUGUGAUUGGGCGGGAAGAGGUGCUGACUGAAGAGGAACUGACCACCACACUCAAGGUCCUGUGCAUGUCUGCUGAGGAGUUCAGAGAGUUGAAAGAACAGGAUGGAUGGGGAGAUAAAAGGGAAGAGGACAGCCUGACGAUCACAAAUAUCCCCAGACUCAAAGAAUCAUGGAGACAGCUUCUUCGGGACAGUGUUCUGUUGACCCUGCAAGCCUAUGCCACAGACUUAAAAGCUGAGCAAGAUUUACUCGGUAAUAAGGACAUCUACAGCAAACUCAGCUGGAGGGAGCAGCAGGCCUUACAGGUUCGUUAUGGGCAGAAGAUGAUCUUACACCAGCUGUUGGAACUGACGAGUUAAAGCUAAGCGGAUUCCCUGCUACCUGAAGGAACAUCCCAUGAGAAGGGCUUUUCUAAGCUGAUAUUCAUGGAUGCUUGAAAAGGAGGAAAAUUUGGUGGUUAAUAAGAAAAGCCAAAGGAGCAAAGGUGUGCUAGGAUGAACUCUGAGGUAAGGGGACAUGUUUAAGGGUUGGGAGCAGCAGACGGGAAUUUCUGCUAAUUGUCACCAAGACCAAUUACCCCCCGCCCCUUUUUUUUAACUUCUUAAAACCAAAACACUUUAUAGCUGUUUUGUUCUCAGUUUGGACCAAAGUUAGCAGAAAUUCGAUUAUGAUAAUAAAAUAAAAGGUCUUGUAGUCCAGUGUAGUGUUUAACAACACGACCUUUGAAAGUAGACCUGGUUAAAAUUGAGUCUAUUUGGAACAGAAAAGACAACCUCAAGUGGAUUCCCACCCCCCAAAGUUUAGGCCUGGUAACUGUGUGUCGCUUUGACAAUUAACUGCUGCCUUAACUUUUUUAUAAGCAUUUAAUAAGCUAUGUCACUGGCACUCAGAGCAUGUUUUAACUCCUCAGCAGUCUGAAGUUUGCUCUAGAUGGGACAACUCACCCUCAGGGAAGAAAUCCUGACCUUUUUGUCCUCUCUGGCCAUAAACUUGACAGCCAUUAAAGGUGUAAGUUUCACAUAUACACCUACUCCUUUUAAAAUUAAAGGGCAUUUUGUAAUUGUUUAAUCAUAGAAACCUGCUCUAACAAU